GUUGGACGAUUAGAGUAACUUAAGCGAGGCCAGCUUCGAUCAGUUCCAGCAGUCUUGGACUCUUGUUGUUGAUAGUUAGAAGAAGAACAUUUAAUGGUCCAAAAACAUACCGGACAACGUAAAUAAGUAACAGGGGUGAACACCCAAGAGUCAAAGACUACAAGACAGUCAUAAGCUGCAAUCUCGAACUCACGUUCCUCCCCAUCGGCUCUUACAUUCCCCUCAACCAACAUGACAGCCACCGACACCAACACCCACAUCCUGGUAUUCCCCUACCCAGCCCAAGGCCACAUGCUGCCUCUUCUCGACCUCACUCACCACCUCUCUCUCCACGGCCUAACCAUCACCAUCCUAAUCACCCCCAAGAACCUCCCUUACCUCUCAUCCCUCCUCUCCACCCACCCUUCCUCCAUCACCCCCCUCAUCUUCCCUUUCCCUUCUCACCCUUCCAUCACCCCCUCAUCUUCCCUUUCCUCCGGUAACCUCGCCAUGAUGACCACUCUUUUCAAACUCUACGACCCUUUACUCCACUGGUUCACUUCUCACCCCAACCCUCCCGUCGCCAUCAUCUCCGAUUUCUUCCUCGGUUGGACCCAUCAUCUUGCCCUCCGCUUGAAAAUAUCCAGGCUUGCUUUUUUCCCGUCCGGUGCCUUUUUAGCUUCCAUCGAUGAUUAUCUAUGGAACGACGUUGAAAGGUGUAAGCCUUUGGACGAGAUCGAGCUUUGUUCUUUGCCUGGUUCCCAUGUUUUCAAAGCCGAUCAUUUGCCUUCUUUGUUUCGGUUGUAUCAAAAAUCUGAUCCCAACUGGGAGCCUGUCAAGGAUGGCAAGAUCGCAAAUACAAGAAGUUGGGGGUGCGUUUUUAAUUCCUUUGAUGCCUUGGAAGGUAAGUUCAUGGAUUAUUUGAAGAAAAGAUUGGGUCAUGAUCGGAUUUUUGGGGUCGGCCCACUUAAUUUGGCGGGCCAGGAUUCUUCUGGUCGGGGGAAUGCGGGUUCGGGUUCUGACUCGAAUGACCGGGUACUGACUUGGCUCGAUGGAUGCCGAGAAGGUUCUGUUCUUUAUGUCUGCUUUGGGAGUCAGAAGCUGUUGAGAAGGGAGCAAAUGGAAGCUUUGGCUGUUGGACUUGAAAAUAGUGGUACCCGUUUUCUAUGGGUGGUGAAAACGGGUACGACCCGACAGCAGGCUGAGGGGUUCGGGGUUCUGCCCGAGGGGUUUGAGGAGCGGGUGGUGGGUAGGGGCCUGGUGAUAAGGGAGUGGGCCGCGCAGGUGCUGAUAUUGAGUCACAAAGCAGUGGGUGGGUUUUUGAGCCACUGCGGGUGGAACUCGGUGUUGGAGGGGAUAGUGGGUGGGGUCAUGGUAUUGGCUUGGCCCAUGGAGGCUGACCAGUUCGUGAACGCCAGGCUCUUGGUAGAAGAUAUAGGCAUGGGAGUUCGGGUGUGCGAAGGUGCGGACGCGGUUCCAGACUCGACUGAGUUAGGUCGCGUCAUUAGUGAGUCAAUGAGUGAUGGGGGGCGAAUGAAAGAGCGAGCGAAAGAGUUGAAAGAUAAGGCAUUGGGAGGUGUAACUAACGGGGGAAGCUCUGCCAAGGAUUUGGUAAGGCUUGUUGGAGAAUUGCGUAAUCUUCAAGUGAGAUGAAUAGUUUUGAAUAUAAGUUUUAUUGAAAUUUUGCUUGUAAAAUUUUAUUAUUUAUAUAAUAAUACUAAUUAUUUUUGUUUUUCAUCUUUGAUU